AUGUAUAAAAUAUGUAUCUAUAUUUCUAGAACUCGGAAUAUCUACACGAUACGACAACGAGCAAAGAGAGUCAGCCAAGCCGCACAGAAAGCACAGAAUAUUAUUAUUGCUGCGAAGGACGAAUGGCCGAGCCGGCCGCCGCCGGGUGUCGAUGGCUGCAUGCCGGUCGCCGUCGGCCUCGUUCGCUCUCACUCAGACCAUAGAGUAAAAUUAUUUAUAGAAGCGGUAUUUCCAUUUACUGUGUGUAUUAGAGAUUUAAAUAUGGUUGGAAAAAACGCUAAGAGUUUGUUCAAAUAUGUAUCUGAACAAACUAUUAUUUCUGCAAGAAAUUAUGGGACGGCUAAAAGAGUUGUUGCAUCAAAGCCUGUUGUGGAGAUGGAUGGAGAUGAGAUGACAAGGAUCAUCUGGGAAAAAAUCAAGGAAAAACUUAUAUUUCCUUAUGUUAAGCUAGAAAGCUUGUACUUCGAUUUGGGACUUCCCCACCGGGAUGCCACUGAUGACCAAGUCACUAUUGACGCGGCCCAUGCAAUUCUCAAGCAUAAUGUUGGCAUUAAGUGCGCUACUAUAACACCCGAUGAACAGCGAGUUGAAGAAUUCAAGUUGAAGAAGAUGUGGCUGAGUCCAAAUGGAACAAUAAGAAAUAUCCUUGGCGGUACAGUGUUUCGUGAGCCUAUUUUGUGUAAAAGCAUUCCACGUGUAGUUCCUGGGUGGACGAAGGGUAUUGUGAUCGGUCGACACGCUCAUGGGGACCAAUAUAAGGCUCAAGAUUUCCUGGUGUCCAAACCUGGCAAAGUGGAGAUGGUGUUCACAGGGGAAGAUGGUACUGUGGAGAAGCGUCUGUUGUAUAAUUACAAAUCUCCCGGAAUUGCUAUGGGCAUGUACAAUACAGAUGAAUCUAUUCGAGCUUUCGCACACUCCAGCUUCCAGGUCGCAUUACAAAAGAAGUGGCCGCUUUAUUUGUCCACAAAAAAUACUAUCUUAAAACUAUAUGACGGCCGCUUUAAGGAUAUUUUCCAAGAAAUUUAUGACAGUGACUACAAGAAGCAGUUUGAAGAAGCAAAAAUUUGGUAUGAACACCGGUUGAUUGAUGACAUGGUAGCCCAGGCGCUUAAAGGCUCUGGUGGUUUUGUAUGGGCCUGUAAGAAUUAUGAUGGUGAUGUACAAUCUGAUGUUGUAGCACAGGGGUACGGGUCGCUGGGCAUGAUGACGUCAGUGCUGAUGUGCCCCGACGGGCGCACGGUGGAGUCGGAGGCGGCGCACGGCACCGUGACGCGCCACUACCGCAUGCACCAGCAGGGCAAGCCCACCUCCACCAACCCCGUGGCCUCCAUAUACGCGUGGACCCGCGGCCUCGCGCACCGCGCCAAGCUGGACGGCACGCCCGACUUGGAACGUUUCGCUAUUGCUCUAGAAGAGGCAUGUGUAGAGUGUAUAGAUAGCGGCAAAAUGACCAAGGAUCUAGUCAUCUGCAUCCAUGGCAUGGCCAAUACCAAGGAGGGAAUGUUCUUAAAUACCGAAGACUUCUUGCAAGCCAUUGCUGAACAACUUGAACUGGAAAGUAAAUGUAGUCUAGAUGCAGAAUAUUGUUCUAAAGAAGGCACGUGCCCAGAAACGGAUAACAAAUACAGUAAAGAAAAAAAUGAAUGGACAAAUAACUUAAAUGAGUUAAUAGAAGAAGCCUUAUCAAAAUAUGAACCAUGUGUUAAAUUAAAUUGUAGUUGUCACAAGGAUGUUAUUAACAAAGACCUACAACCGUUUUAUAACGGAAUAACAAAAGAAAUGUUCAAUAUUGCAGUUGCAAGGGCUACUAAAUAUCAGAUAUAUGAUGGAAAAUUAUAUAGAGCCAAAGAUUGCCAUUUUCCAGCCAGGUGUAGUGGCAUUGAACAUUAUUUAAAAAAUUUAGCACCUAAACUCCCCAAUUUAGAUUUAGCAAUUAAUACAAGAGACUGGCCACAAAUUAAUGGGGCAUGGGGACAUAAGAAAGCACCUGUGUUUUCAUUUAGUAAGACAAAAGAUUAUUAUGAUAUAAUGUAUCCCACUUGGAGUUUUUGGGAAGGUGGACCAGCGAUACAGCUAUAUCCUACUGGUAUUGGUAGGUGGGAUAAACAUAGGCUAUCAAUUUCUGCGGCAGCUGAAAAAUGGCCCUGGGAAAAGAAACAAGAUAAAGCUUUUUUUAGAGGGUCAAGGACAAGUGAGGAAAGAGAUAAUUUAAUUUUACUUUCAAGAUCACAUCCAGAACUGGUAAAUGCUCAAUAUACAAAAAAUCAAGCUUGGAAAUCCGAUGCUGAUACACUUCAUGCUCCUCCUGCUUCAGAAGUGUCAUUUGAAGACCAUUGUAAAUAUAAAUAUCUAUUCAACUACAGAGGUGUGGCAGCAAGCUUCCGUUUAAAACAUUUGUUUCUAUGUAAAUCAUUAGUAUUCCAUGUUGGUAAUGAGUGGUUGGAGUUCUUUUACCCUUCUCUUAAACCUUGGGUGCAUUAUGUUCCACUUAAUCCAAAAGCAAGUCAAGAAGAAAUAUCCAAAUUAAUCUUGUAUUUCAAAGAAAAUGACAAAUUAGCAAAAGAAAUCGCAGAUAGGGGGUAUCAACAUAUAUGGGAAAACCUUACUGAUAAAGAAGUUAUAUGUUAUUGGCGAAAGUUACUUCAAAAAUAUGCCAAACUUUUGAAGUAUACUGUUGAAAGAGAUAAUGAUCUGAAAAAACUU